AUGGCCAAAGAUCAUAUCUGUGCAUCAUCUUCUCAGGUUGUUUUACGAUUUCUCAACGAAGUGGAGAUCACCGAGCAGGACUCGCUUCUUCAGGCACUUCCGAUGCGGUACAGGAGAGUUGUGGAUCUUCAUCACAUGCUCGGAGGAGAUUCGAAUCGCUCUACUGUGCGUAAAGCUAAGAAGGAGUUGAAGCACCUGAGGGUUCUGAGGAUGGCAGUGGUUUACAUGAUCAUGUGUGUGCUGAAUCUGUACGAGUGUGCGAAGAAGAACUCGGGGCCUCUGAGGUCGACUGUGUGGACUAUGGAGGUUGCUAUGAUCACUAUUGUUGGUCCAGUCUACAGGAGAUACAAGGGAGUGCCUGAUGAUUUCCUUGUGCUACUUGACAACAAGAUUGAUGAAGCGGCUGACAAGUUUGAUAAGCAUGCUCCUCCUUUGGCUAAGCAGACAGUGCACCUAGCUCUGGGUUCUAUCCAUAAAGCAUUGGAGAAGAUCCAAGCAUUCGUGAACAAGGCUCAGACUAGGGGUCUACACACAGCAGCUAUUCAUGAUGCAGCAACAGGAAACAACCAGUUUCUCUUCAACCAACCUAUCAAGUUCUGGGUUGGACUCGAGUGCCAGUGCCCUCCCAUCCACACAGUUGCAAAGAAGGCUACACCAGCAGCUGUUUACUUGUCCCAGAAAUACAACCAAGUGGUACGAGACUUGACCAUGAAGGGUUAUACUGUUUUCGGAUAUCCACCUUUGGUUCCACUCGACGCGAUAUCAACAGCACUUAGCAUGGCGAGGCAGAGAAGAUAG